AUGGCAGAGGAAAAUCAACUCGCUGUCUUCGAGGGAAAUACACCACUGACGCCGGUUCAUUCUCCACAGCCCACGGUGAACGCACCACCACCGCUUACCUCCACAGGCGUGCCACUAGCACAUCAUGGGGCCCCCUCGGCCCAUCUCCCACAACCGAUUUCAAGAAGCAUGUCACCACCGCCGGGAUACGGGCCACCGCCAAUUGGGUACGCGCCGCCACCACCAAUGUAUGUGCCGUCGUCGGCCACUCAAGCACCACCACCUGCCCAUGAUCCUACUCGCAUGGCCACGCUUGAGGGCAACGUCACCACUCUUCAAAACGCGGUUAACUUAAUGGCCGCUAAUAUGGCCGAGAUGAUGGCCUUGCUCAGGGGGCCAAAUCACGCGUCUUCGAGCUCCAUCCCGCCUCUCGCACGCGGGCCAACUAUCGAUCCCGCUCCUUGGGUCCCGCCAACCCAUGAACCAGAAGGCCACAUAGCGGCCGCCCCCGCGCCGACAGUUAUCCCAGUGCCCGCUCCUCAUCCGACGUGCGCGCCGGCAAUUCACCCGGUCGUCUCUGGCCUUCCUCAGUCCACCAUUCCAGCAAUCGCCUCACUUCCACCCAUGACGAUUCCCGUGCCAGAUCCGGUUAUAUUCGCUCCACCUCCCGUGCCCGUGCCAGCUCCAGCUACCAUUUAUAUUGCUCCUCCGCCGAUGGGUUUCCCGGCAUCGAGUGCCCCUGUUCCUGCUCACACAACUGAGCCUUUCCCUUACCAAGCUCCACAACCCCAUAUUAACCUCCCCUACCAAGCUCCACCUCCCAUAAAUAUUACUUUCUCCGAACUGGGCACGCCGACUCAAGCGGCCCCCAAAGCUCCACCCACAAAUUUCUUUCCCGAAACGGAAACCGAGCAGGAGAGGAGAAUGAAGAAGAUGGAAGAGACUAUUAGAGCCCUCCAAGCAAGUGAUCCCCGACAUAGCACGAGUUACUUGGAUUCAUCUCUCUUCCCGGGGAUGCAGCUGCCCUCGAAAGUCAAAAUGCCCGAGUUCGAGAAAUACGAUGGAACUAAAGACCCGCGGCACCACCUUCGCCACUAUCAUACAAAGAUGCUCCAGUACUGGGAUUAUGAGCAGUUCGUUGUCGCCACUUUCCAAGAGAGUCUAUCAGGAUCGGCCCUUAACUGGUUCAUGUCUCUUCGAGCGGAGGACAUCCCCUCCUGGACCGAACUGGCCAAGAAGUUUGUUGAGCAGUAUCAGUAUAACAUGGAGACACCCCUGUCCUUCCUCCAGUUGAGCACGAUGGAAAUGGCAGAGGGGCAAAAGUUUGAGGAUUACGCCACGAAUUGGCGUUCGGAAGCAGCAAAACAUUUCCCUCCAAUUUGCGAAGCGCAGCAAAUCCAAAUGUUUCAUGGGACUCUCAAAGGGGCUUACUACUCUCACCUCAUGGGUCACAAGUCUACUUUCUCGGAGAUGAUUAUGGCCGGGAAGCAGGUAGACCUGGGCAUCAAACUUGGAAGGUUAGAGGGCCCGACAAAGAAGGGAGAAGGAGAGUCCUCGAGGAAGACCGCGGCUGCAGUAGCCCCUACUAACGGCAGAAGGGGAACGGAGGCUUCGGUUAAUGUAGUUAAUCUAGGACAUCCGGGAUCUCAACAGUACUCGGUGAAUUUCACACCUGCGCCACCUGCUACUCCCGCAUAUGCUCCGCCGACUGUACACUAUCCGUUUCAGCAUCCCGCUCAACCGGUUUAUUAUUUGGCCCUGCCGACAGCAUUUCCAUCGGCCCCGCAACAAGUCGUCUAUCAUUAUGCUCCCGCUCCUCCUCAGACCCCGCAGUAUAGGCCUCCGGCUUCGAGAUCUCCUCAGCCGACGCAACAGGCCCCAGCUCCACAAGGUCAACAAGGCGGCGCAAUGCAAGCUCGACAGCGCAUACAGUUCACACCCCUGCCUACCCCGCUCUCCCAUAUAUACAGGCAACUAUUAGCCGGCGACAUGAUUCGACCAACGGUUCCCGGUCCCAGUUUCGUUCCGGCAAACCAAGAUCAGAGUCUACGCUGCGAGUACCAUUCAGGUGCACCCAGGCACACCACCGACAACUGUUGGAAAUUGCGGGAGGAGGUUCAGAAGUUGAUCAAUAGUAAAAAGAUCUCGUUCAAUGCCAUUAGGCCCCCGAACGUGCAAGCUAACCCUCUCCUUGAUCACGGGUCGAGCUCGGGGCCCGCCAUCAAUAUGAUCAGUAUUUGCACUAUGAGAGAGGACGAGAGCCAACAGGAGGGCCCUACUCCAUUUAUAAUCGAGUAUGUCCCCGCGGAAGCCACCGUAGGGUUCACAGGGUCUAGUGCCGCACCCGCCCCGUUCAUAAUAGAAGUCCCCGCUCGAGAGCCGUACCAGGACAGCAAGGUCCCCUGGACCUACGAAGGAAGUAUCGGGAAUCUUGAGCAGCAGUUCAGUGUCAUGGGCGUGACACGCUCGGGCCGGGUGUACACGAACCCGGAGAUCGCAGGCAAGGGUAAGGCUCCCGCUGCAUCCGGAGCUGCUCCGGAAGCCCCGCCUAUCCCGCAGAAGAAGGUGACCGAAGAAGAAGCUGAGGCUUUCAUGAAAGUGAUUAAGGCAAGCAAGUACAAGGUAGUAGAACAAAUGGGUAAGUCUCCAGCUCAUAUUUCACUACUCGCUCUCCUCUUGAGUUCGGAGCCACACCGAGAAGCCCUCCUACGGGUCCUUACUGCAGCACAGGUUCCUAAGGAGACAACCCCGGAUCGGAUUGAAGAGACCGUCAGCUCGAUUUUCUCCAAUGCCAUCUCAUUUUCAGAUGACGAGCUCCCCUCCGAAGGGUGGGCACACUCACGGGCAUUGCACAUCGUCUGCAAGUGCAACAAUUUCAUCAUUGGCCGGGUCAUGAUCGAAAACGGCUCCGCCCUCAAUGUUUGCCCAGUGUCCACGUUGAAGCAAAUGAAUGUGGACCUCAACCGCGUCCGCCCGAGCAAAACCGCGGUUAGAGCCUUUGACGGCUCGCGGAGGGAAGUGAAUGGGGAGAUUGACCUCUUGAUCGAUGUCGGCCCGUGCUCAUUCAGCGUCACAUUUCAGGUCCUUGACAUCCCGAAUGCUUUUAGCCUGCUCCUCGGGAGACCCUGGAUCCACUCAGCUGGAGCCGUUCCCUCGUCCCUGCACCAAAGGAUCAAGUUCAUCGCGGAUGGUCGGCUCAUUACGGUCAAGGGUGAAGAGGACCACGCCAUCUACAAGGAAACGACUGUGCCCUAUAUUAGCAUCGGAGACGACGAGAACCUCCCAUUCCAUUCAUUCGAGACCAUCUCCGUCAUUCGGGACUAUGGAGAGGUCCGUCCAUCUCGUGCUGACCGCAUGGUCGGGAAGGUCCUUCUGCGUCACAACUACGUUCCCGGUAUCGGGCUUGGAGCACAGGGGCAAGGGAUCAAUUGCCCCAUCGAGAUUGAAGAGUACAAGAACAGGAGGGGACUCGGUUUUCGCCCUUCCUGCCACGAAAUUAUCGAGGCCCGUAGGGGCAAACACCUCCACCAUCUCGCCACGCAUUAUGGGAAGAUCAACAGGGGCAUCCCGGUUCCCCCACUCUCUCACUUUUUCCCCGCACCGCCACACGUCAUCGGAGGUACUCUUGACGGCCCCUCCUCGGUUUCAGACGCUGAGCCUGUCGAUCUGCCAGCCAUAUGCGCCGUCACUGAGGAGACUCCUUUAGGGGUCCAUAUCCGCCUUGCACAGGAGAAUGAGGAGCUCAACAACUGGACCUCAGUUUGGAUCCCUCAAUAG